ACUGUCUUUUGUGAUAACACAAGCUAUAUUUUUAUGUUCCUCUCAAUUGCCACUUCGAAUUUAGUUGCUACUUCACUUGCAAGGACAAAGAUCAAGUUCAGCAUCAGAUAUCUAUCUUGCUUUUCCUUGGGUUGGUCUGUGGUGUUCUAAUGUUUUUCAUUACGAGAUUGUUUGGUAUUCGUGCACUAACUUCUUUUACAGGGGCCAAGAAUAUACAAAUCAUAAACUCAGCAAACACUUAUAUCCAGAUUCGAGGCUUGGCAUGGCCAGCUCUGCUGGCUGGUUGGGUAGCCCAAAGUGCAAGUUUAGGCAUGAAAGAUUCAUGGGGACCUUUAAAGGCUUUGGCAGUUGCUACUGUUGUUAAUGGCAUUGGCGACAUAGUCUUGUGCAGAAUUUUCAGUUAUGGUAUUGCUGGAGCGGCAUGGGCAACAAUGGUGUCCCAAGUUGUUGCAGCCUAUAUGAUGAUCCAAGCACUGAAUAAUAAAGGCUAUAAGGGUUUUGCUAUCUCUGUUCCAUCAAUAGAUGAACUUCUGCAGAUAUUCAUGAUUGCUGGCCCUGUGUUUCUAACAAUGAUGUCAAAGGUCGCAUUCUACUCUCUACUGGUCUAUUUUGCUACCUCAAUGGGCACACAGACAGUUGCUGCUCAUCAGGUCAUGGUACAACUGUUCAUGAUAUGUGCAGUAUGGGGUGAGCCUCUCUCUCAAACAGCACAGUCGUUUAUGCCCGAGUUGUUAUAUGGAGUCAACCGAAAUUUGUCAAAGGCCCGAAUGCUGCUGAAGUCCCUAGUGAUUGUUGGAGCAUCAUUCGGAAUGGUACUGGCAUCUCUUGCAGCAUCAAUUCCAUGGUUAUUCCCCAAAAUAUUUUCACCUGAUCCUCAGGUCAUACGUGAGAUGCAUAAAGUGUUGCUGCCAUACUUUCUAGCCCUAUGUGUGACACCCAGCAUUCUUAGUCUUGAGGGAACUCUGUUGGCUGGACGAGACUUGAAAUACAUAAGCUUAUCAAUGAGCUCGAUAUUUGUUUUGGCUUCUCUUCUGCUCAUGUUGCUGAGCAGUAAAGGACUUGGUUUGUCUGUAUGCUGGCUUGCACUUGUUAUAUUCCAAUGGUCUCGAUUUUUCAUGGCGCUACGACGGCUCACCUUGUCGGAUGGCAUACUCUAUUCAGAAGAGUCAACACAUUAUGAGUUACAGAAGUUGAAAGCUGUAUAGGAUUCUAAGUUUCUUACAACAACAAAAAAAAAAAUUACAACAGAGAAAAUGGAGAUGGGAUCCAACUCUUCCAAUGGUAAUGUAUACCACAAAUGUGCUAUUUAUUAAGUGGCAAUAUUAGCAUACUUCUGUCUUUCA